CGGCAGCAGGUCGGGUUCUCGAUUCUCGAACGGAUUCAAAGCUCAGAUAUGCUUCGAUUACUCGUCGGCUUGACUUGUUUGUGGCUUCUAGUGGACAGUGGGUCCAGCUUUGAGGUGGAAAACAAGCCCGUCACGGAAGAUUGCCUGGACUGUCUGUGCGAAACAAUGAGUGGCUGCAAUGCAUCCGCAAUUUGUGUAAAUGGGGCCUGUGGUAUUUUCCGGAUAACUUGGGGCUACUGGGUGGAGGCGGGCAAACUAACCCUGCCCACAGAUACAGCACUUUCCGACGACGCCUUCACCAACUGCGUGAACCAACCCCACUGUGCAGCCAACACGGUCCAGAGUUAUAUGUCUAAGCAUGGUCAGGAUUGCAAUGGAGAUGAUCACAUCGAUUGCCUGGACUUUGGAGCUCUCCACAAAUUGGGAAACCUUAAGUGCCAGGAAGACUUGCCCUAUAUCUUCGCCAAGGUCUUCAACCGAUGCCUGAAAGACAAGGAGCGAUUGGCGGAGGGGAAAAUUAUCAAAAAGCAGGAAGAGACUUCAACAUAAUGGAUUCUUUAUUGGUUUCUUUUCUCCCCCUUUGCGGGGUUAUUAUUUUCUGUUUUUAAAACAAUCCUGGUAACACAUAUACACAUACAUACAUCGAAACAUUGCUUAUGUUUGCCGUUUGAACAGUUUCCAAUAUAGGUAUGGAUUCUAUAGAUUUAGUUACAGAUAAAGAUACAUAUAUAUAUAUAAUAUAUAUAGAGGGGUAUAUGAAAACUA